AUGACACUCACAGGUGAUAGCAAUAAGGCACUCUUUGAAACUCCAGCUGGUGCGUUUUAUGGUAAACUUGACCUUUUAAAAGGCGAUGGGGUCCUUGUUUCUCUAGCCCCUUCUGGCAGCGAAGCUAAGAAAACUACUCGACUUAUACCCCAAGCCCUUCUUUUCUACUAUUCGAGCGUUUGCGAGGAAAAGUUCGGCUCAUCGCUACGUAAAAGUGAUAGUAAUGAAGAACUCAUCGAUAUCAAUGAGCGAGAUAAUCCACACAAUCUUGGUGUCAUUGAUCUCUGUGAAUGGGACGCCGAGGCCUUCGAUAUGGCACUUCAAUGGAUGUAUACAGGCAACGUCAACCCCGACAUCGACGCGUCCAAACAUUUCGACGAAAUCAAAUCUUACAAACUUAGAUAUGCACUUAUCGCCGCAAAAGAGAAACGAGAUCAUGACAACAAUGGGCUCUUCACUUGCAACCCAGUAUUCAAAGAAACGCUUCAAGAUGCUUUUACGCAACCCAUCAACAGCGUUGUCCGCGAGCUCUUGGCAAGUUUCCUCGUCGAAUCGUAUGCCAAACACUUAUUUUGUCCCGAUGACACCAGAACGGCAAAGAAUUUCAAAGAUUUGUUCAAGGCCGUGGACUGUCUAGAACUGGAAGUUCUAAGAUUGGUGGCUUUAUCGUUGGAGGAUAUCGCGUUGUCAAAACCGAAGAGUGAUGGAUUUUCGGUGGUACGCUUGUUGUGUCCGUUGACUGGGGAGAGGUUUAAGACGGAGAAGAUGUUGAUGGUGCUUGUUCCGCCGACUCCGGGUAGUAAGUGA